AUUGAGGGAGCAUCCCUAAUUCCAAUCUCAGCUUGCCCACCCUAUCGCGUGUCAGGGUUUCGAAACAAACCGUCCUGACGCGACAAGCACACCAAAGCUCAGUCCUCCAGUGCCCGCCUUAUCAACAUCACCCAUACCCUCGCCGCCACGGUUUCCAGCUUCAGCUCUUCACCGACAACGUACCAAACAAGCAAGCAAGCAUGUCUUUCUCUUCCGUCUUCCGCCGCGCCGCCGUCGCCCCGGCCUCUGCUGCCCGCGCCUUCAGCACCACCACCCCUCGGCCUCUGGCCAAGAUCACCAUCAUCGGUAAUCUCGCCGACACCCCCGAGGUUCACUCCACCAGCACCGGCCGCGAGAUCCUCCGUUAUGCUGUCGCCAGCAACAGCGGACCCCGCGACAACCGCAAGACCAGUUGGUUCCGAGUCACUAGUUUCGCCGAGGGCCCUCAGCGCGACUACCUCAUGAACCUUCCUAAAGGUGCUAGCGUCUACGUCGAGGGUGAUGCCUCCGUGAACACCUACACCGACUCCAACGGCCAGAACCGCACCAGCUUCAAUAUUGUCCAGCGCAACCUCGAGGUUCUCCGACGUCCCCAGGCUCCUGAGCAGGGCGAGUAAGCAGCAAAUAUUAAUUGAAUCCUUUCUUCAAACAUGGUCGCAAGUAAAGCGCCUGACCGCAGUCUUCUGCCUACCUGUUCUCCUCUCUCACAAUGACCGGUUUCUUUUGUUGGAUGUUAAUGUAUGGAUGUAAUGUACGAUGAGCGUUAUGCACAACCUCUGGAGGAACUGUAUGAUACCAUGAUGCAAUAAACCUUAUUAAUCACG